GAAGUUUUGUUUAAUUAUUUAAUAAUCUAUUUAUUUCCCGAUUUAUUUUUUGAGUUAAUUUUUUUUUUUACAAUCGGCUUGGUUGACCUGACUCUCUUCUUUCUCUCUAAACUCCGUCGUUUUAAUUUUUUUUUAAAUGUUUUUUUAAUUUUAUGGUAUCGAGUCACCCAACAACAGAAAAGCAAAUCUCCCGUCCUACUCCUUCUCUUCCCUCUCUAUAUCUCACCCCCGACCUCUCCAGAUCUGCGAACGCACCACCGUCUCCCUUCUUCUUCUUCUUCUCUGAAUCUCGUCGAAGAAAAAAGGGGGAGCCAUCCCGUUUCUUCUUCAAUGGCGCCUGCAGGAGGAAGAUGCAGAAGAUCGCAUCCUCCAUUUCUCGCCGCCCCGAUCUCCACUCUCCUCCUCCUCCUCUCGUUUCUCGUCCAUGGAGCUCACUCCUUCUACCUCCCCGGUGUCGCUCCCGAGGAUUUCAUCAAGGGAGAUGAGUUGAGAGUGAAGGUGAACAAGCUGACGUCUAUCAAGACGCAGCUUCCUUACUCUUUCUAUUCUCUGCCCUUCUGCCGCCCAGGCAAGAUCGUGGACAGUGCAGAGAAUCUCGGUGAAGUUCUUCGCGGUGACCGAAUUGAGAACUCUCCCUAUGUGUUUAAAAUGAGGGAACCCAAAAUGUGCAAUGUUCUUUGCCGGGUUAACCUUGAUGCUAAGACUGCUAAGGCGUUUAAGGAGAAGAUCGAUGACGAAUACAGGGUCAACAUGAUCCUCGAUAAUCUGCCUCUUGUGGUUGCAAUAAGGAGGCUGGAUCAGGAGUCACCUACUAUCUUUCAACUUGGUUACCAUGUUGGAUUCAAAGGCCAAUACAGUGGGAGCAAAGAGGAAAAAUAUUUCAUCCACAACCACUUAGCAUUCACUGUAAAGUUUCACAGAGACUUGCAAACUGACUCUGCAAGAAUUGUGGGUUUUGAAGUGAAGCCAUACAGUAUCAAGCAUGAAUAUGAGGGGAAAUGGGCCGAGGAUAAGACACGUCUAACCACCUGUGAUCCUCAUACUAAGCGUACUGUUAUCAACUCCAACACUCCUCAGGAAGUUGAUGACAAAAAGGAAAUUGUUUUCACUUAUGAUGUUGAAUUCCAGGAGAGCGAUGUGAAAUGGGCAUCAAGAUGGGAUGCAUAUCUUCUUAUGAGUGAUGAUCAAAUCCACUGGUUUUCAAUCGUCAACUCCUUGAUGAUUGUUCUCUUCCUCUCAGGCAUGGUAGCAAUGAUCAUGUUGAGGACACUUUACCGCGACAUCUCCAAGUACAACGAACUAGAAACCCAAGAAGAGGCUCAAGAAGAGACCGGAUGGAAACUCGUCCAUGGCGAUGUUUUCAGGCCACCAAUGAACUCGGAACUACUCUGUGUCUAUGUUGGAACUGGUGUCCAGUUCUUCUGCAUGAUCGUUGUGACUAUGCUCUUUGCCAUUCUCGGUUUCCUCUCCCCAUCAAACCGAGGUGGCCUCAUGACAGCCAUGCUUUUGCUCUGGGUCUUCAUGGGCCUGUUUGCUGGAUACGCAUCUUCCCGUCUCUACAAGCUAUUUAAAGGUGGCGAAUGGAAGAAAAUUGCCCUCCGAACUGCAAUCAUGUUCCCUGGGAUCAUCUCUGCCAUCUUCUUCGUCCUGAACGCUCUCAUAUGGGGCCAGAAGUCAUCCGGAGCUGUCCCCUUCGGCACUAUGUUCGCUUUGGUGUUCUUGUGGUUUGGUAUCUCGGUUCCACUCGUCUUUGUCGGAAGCUAUAUUGGAUUCAAGAAGCCAGCUCUGGAAGAUCCUGUAAAGACUAACAAAAUCCCCAGGCAGAUUCCGGAGCAAGCCUGGUACAUGAACCCUGCCUUCUCGAUCCUGAUCGGUGGAAUUCUCCCAUUCGGAGCCGUCUUCAUCGAGCUCUUCUUCAUCCUCACCUCGAUAUGGCUGAACCAGUUCUACUACAUCUUUGGAUUCCUCUUCUUGGUGUUCAUCAUCCUCAUCAUCACCUGCGCUGAGAUCACCGUCGUGCUCUGCUACUUCCAGCUGUGCAGCGAGGACUAUCUGUGGUGGUGGAGAUCUUACCUCACCUCAGGAUCUUCUGCAGUCUACCUGUUCCUCUAUGCCACGUUCUACUUCUUCACGAAGCUGGAAAUCACGAAGCUAGUCUCUGGAGUGUUGUACUUUGGUUACAUGCUGAUCGCUUCGUAUGCGUUCUUCGUCCUGACCGGCACAAUCGGUUUCUAUGCAUGCUUCUGGUUCACGAGGCUCAUCUACUCAUCCGUCAAGAUUGAUUGAUGGAUUGAAUCAUCAUCCGGGUUUUGCAAGCGGUCCUUCUGUGCUCCACCCAUUCCUUUAUUUUGAAGCCAAACAGGGUAAGAUUCACAAUUUUAGUAGAUAAAAGUUAAGAAUUUUU